CUUCGCAUUUAAUUGCCGUCCCCUCCCCGUCCGAACGCAAGGGAGUAACGACAUUGCCGAGAUCUUGGAAGAUGGAGAGCGAGGAGAACCGGACGGGGCCGUCAUCAGGGAGUGCGAGCCGUGGAGGUGGUAAAGCGUGCUGCCGGUGCGGGUGGGUGUACCCCAACCCGCACCCCAGCAAGAAGCACCGGAAGGCUCACCGGAAGCACUGCGGCGCUGCGGCGUCGAAGCCGCGCGAUGAUGCUGGCGAUGUUGUCGUGGCCGUGCAUGCGAACGAUGCGGCUUGUGAGCUGCUGGCGGAUGCGGACCCGAGGAAAAACUCUGGAGUGGUGGCGGUGGAGGAAUCGAAGCCGGAGAGGGACGGCAGAGAACUGUGUAAAGAUGCGAUCUUGGAGACGGACACUGCUGGUACAUGGACUCCAUUAAAAAUGGGAUUGUAUGAUGAAUUGAGUGGAUUGGACUUAUACAUGUUGACUUGUUUAUCUUCUGCCAUGGAGGAUGGAAUAUUUCCACCAAAAUCCGUGCGCUCCUUGUUAAAUCCAUCUUUACCUGCAGAUAAGUCUUCCAAGUCAUGUGCUUUAUGUCAUGGCAACAAGGUUCAGAGUUCUGAUGUGGAAUUCACUGCAAGUCAGCUGGAUUGCUUGACUCACUUUCAAAAUCAUUCAGUCUCAUGUGGAGUCGAUAUGAUUUGCACUGCUGAUGAUACAAAAGGUUCUUCUUACUUCCCUUUAACCAAAGGAUCUUCCCUGGAUGCUUCAAAGGAGGAAAUGGGUUGUGCUACAGUUCAAUAUGCAGUGGAGAGUGCUACCGUUGCAAAUGAUAAAAACAUUGGAAACCAUAUAGAGAAUAAGUUAGAUGCAGACAUUCCUAAAGCACUGAUCCUACCUCAUGAUUCUUCCAUCAAUUUCUCUUCAACUGACUCUGAGUUACAGAAUAAAGAAAAAUACAUGGAGAUCAGUGUAACUGUAGAUCAAGUAAAUACAGUAACCACACUGAUGUCUGGUCUUCCACAUGAGGUUUCUGAAAAUACAAUGGAACCUGAACCAAUCAACUGCAUUGCUCAAGAUAGGAUGACUGAUGUUGCAGGACAAAUGUGUCAAGUUCAACUAUCUUCCGAGGGUGGACGAUGCACUUUGGAAAUUAAUGCUGGUGAGCCUUUUGAAAUUUCUGCUCAUUCCUUUGGAUGUGAGUAUCAACUUGGCAAACCUGCUAACUCUUUGGCAAAUGAAAAUGAGCUGGAGGAUUUGUUUAUUUCAGAAGUGGCAUCAACCACACUUCUCGUGGAACCUUCUGACAUGAAGCCUUGGUCUCCUGAAGAUUGUGGGUUGGUGGUGGCUGUUGUCACCACUAUUUGUGCAAACUCUCAAGUAGGAAAUGAGUUAGGUGAACGCAUAAUAAAUGAUGUUCCCAAAGUAGUUCCAUCUGAGUUGUUAGUGGUAGAAUUUGAUAAGAGCGUUGAUAAUUUUCUUUCAACCUUGCCAUUUAACAAAGAAUUUUCUCUCCACAUAGAAAAACUUAAUGCAGUUGAAAACAAUGGGUCAAUUGAUGAUCAAGAUGACAUGUCCCAGUUGGUCAAUAUAUUUGAAUGUGAGUUUCAAUGUCCUGAGGAAGAAACAGAUUGGCUUGGAACACAUGAACAAGUUGCAAUUGCAGGAUCACCGGUAGACCAAGCAAUGGUUUUAGAUAGUUGUGUUACUAGUUCAUGUGAAAGUUUUCAUUCAUCGUCUGGAAUCGAAGCGCAAAAGAUAAAUUACCUGACUGAAGGGCAGGAUAUUUACAUAUCUUAUGAAGGAUCCUUAGCUGAUAGUUUGGGAGAUUCGGACUCAGGUCUUGCAGUCUCUGGUGUUAUCCAAUCUAGUAUAGCAUUUGAAGUAAGUGAUCAGAAUCAAAAUGUGAGCCAAGAAACAACAGAAGUUAACAAUUGUGUUGUGGUAGAGGAGAAAAAACAUGAAAUGGGUAAGGAAGAAAGUCUUUACAUGGACUCAAAAGAAUUAAGUUCUUGUCAAGACACAAAAUAUGAUUCUCAGUGUAAAUGUUAUGCCUCAGAAUUGGUGCCUUCACUUGGAGAUGAUAUUGAAAGGAUGGAAUUGCAAAACCACAAACAUGUCGUAAGCACGACAACCGAGGAGAUCAGUUCCAGCUACACAGAUAGUAUUUCCAAUUAUUACUUGGAUGAACCAGAUCCCCGAGAAGCUACUGAGGGUAGAUUCAUACAAUUUGCUGCUGGUGAUGAAACCAAUGAUCAUCCUGAAAGGCAGGCAGAACCUUGUGUCAAUGAAGCUAUAUUAGAGAAUGUAUUUCUUGUUGAGCAUUAUGAUAAACUGGAUCUCCACAAAGAUGAGGUUGACAAUGUGCAGACAUCUGGUUCUCAGCUUAAACAAAAGAAUCUUCUUGUGGUAAGAAGUGUUUAUCCUCUGAGCAGUGAUGAAAAUAACCCAGAUAACCCAUUUGUUACAGAUGUUCAGAUCCCUAGCGUUGACAAAGAAAAUAGUUUUGCCAAUAUACAUAAUGAAGAGCCAAACCCAAAUGAACUCAGUGAAGUCGGUUUGUGCCAUGAUGGAGAAGACCUUAAGACUGAGGAAUGCUCCACGUCAGAAGUUGAUGUGCAAUCCAUUGUUGGGAAACCUGAUUCUGAUUCAAGAACCAGUGAUACGUCUGGAGUUCCUUCCAGCAGCUUUUAUCAUUCUUCAAAAGAAGAAGAUAUUUAUGUUGAAUCCAUGCAAUGUGCUGAAUUAUGCACUCGAAAAAUAGAUGACUCAGCUGAUUCAAAUGACCAAAGAGCCAGCACUGAAGCAUCAUUGGUCUCUGUUUCUGGUGGGUCUUUUGCCCAUUUCAAGAAAAAUAUUAUUUCCACAUUUUAUGUUGCAGAUGGAGCGAUUCCAUUCCUAAGUUAUUCAGCAAAGGGAGAAUCCAAUUUUGAUGGAAAAGCUUCGCCAAUUACAGAUUCCCAGACCACAAGGGAUCUACAAACUUCUGAUCCAGCAGCAGGUGCUAUUUUCAAAAGCGAUGUUGAUAGCAGUGAUAUGGUAGAGGGACCAUCUUUGACAAUCCUUGUGGAACCUGGUCGACGAUCUGAACCUAAAGGAAGAAAUGGUAAUGAAGAAAAUGCUGCCAAGGAGCUGAACUGGAAUUCUGGAAAACCAUAUGUUAUGUUGAAGAAUCUCCUUGCUGAAGCAGACACUGAGAGUGAACAGAAAGUACCCUUUGGCCGAGGCCACAAUGCAUCAUUGACUUGCAAGAGAAGGAAUGGUUUGCAUGAUGAUGGAUAUUCUCUUAAACCUGCAACAUCUAAAGUAGUUUCCGAUAAAUCUAAUGAGCCCUUUGAUAAUCAAGUAGAUCACAGUGAAUGGAACUCUCCUGCACGGCUCCCUGUUACCCAGCAUGUUAAAAAGAAAGUAAAAGGGAGGCAAGCCUGGGUGCCAUUCAUUUGUUGUGCAUCCAUGAACUGAAAACAUCUUGUCAGAUUGGUGGUGGUUAUUGGUUGUUCUCAGGAAUGACAGUUCAUCUUCUACUUGUGAUUGGGACCAUGGUCCCCUUGUUAGUCUUCUAUGACAAUGCGGAUAUCUUUUGCUUCACAUCUUAGAGGAUAUAAGGUCAAAAAGAAAAUAUUACAGUUUGUCCUUAAAUUUUGGACUUAGAUAAUGCUGAUUUCUUCUUUCCUCUUGUUUUGUAAAAUGUUGCUGCUAGUCCUUGCUUUGUCAUAAUUAGCGUGAAGUUCAACUUUUUUAUGCAAUAGAUGUCAGAGCAAGGCACUCAGUAACUUUUAUAUGUUGUUGUGAUCAAAAUAAGUUGUAUGUUGUAUGGAUUUCUUUUCGAGGAUCAGAUAUUCCUCAU